AUGCCUGACAAGAUUCUUGACGACAUCUCCCAUCGGAGAUAUAAUCCUCUCACUGAUAGUUGGCUGCUCGUGUCGCCUCAUCGAACAAAGCGGCCAUGGCAGGGAGCUCAAGAGGCAGCUUGUUAUUUGUGUCCUGGAAAUGCCCGUGCUGCCGGAGAUACAAACCCCAAAUACGACAAGACUUUUGCUUUUGUCAAUGAUUACAGUGCCGUAAAAGAGCAACAGCCAGACUACGAGCCUGAUAGUAAAUCUAAUGAUCUUGAAUCCAUGCUUCUCAAGGCACAGAGUGUCAAAGGCGUCUGCUACGUCCUUACCUUCUCUCCAAAACACCACCUCACUCUCGCAGAUAUGCCCGCCCCCGAGAUCCUGCCCGUCAUCGAGCAUUGGACUCGCAUCUACGCCAACCACUUGUCCUCGUCCAACCCAUUGGCAAAACUAGCCGACAACCUAGAAGUAUCCUUGCCAAAGAACGAAGCACCAGUCCCCAAGGACGAGUACCGCUACAUGCAGAUCUUCGAAAACAAGGGCUCUGCGAUGGGUUGUUCCAAUCCCCAUCCCCACUGCCAAGUGUGGACGACGUCAACUAUGCCAGAGGAGCCUGGAAAGGAGCUCGUACAGAUGACCAAGUACCGCGCAAACAAUGGCGGCCGGCAUUUGCUGGAGGACUAUGUGAAGCUGGAGCUUGCCAAAGAGGAGCGCGUACUUUGGCAAAAUGAGUCGUUCGUGGUUGUUUGCCCCUGGUGGGCGGUUUGGCCAUUCGAAGUGCUCAUUCUUCCCAAGAGACAUAUCCGUUCAUUAGUUGACUUUAAACCCGAGGAGAGACUGCACCUUGCUGCGGCUAUUCAGGAAGUUACGCGACGUUAUGACAAUCUCUUUGAAUGCAGCUUCCCGUACAGUUCUGGCAUUCACCAGGCGCCGCUCAAAGGAACGGACGAGGAGAUUGAAAAUUCCUAUUUCCACAUGCACUUCUAUCCGCCGCUGCUGCGCUCUGCAACGGUAAAGAAGUUCCUCGUCGGGUACGAGCUCAUGGCUGAGCCGCAGAGAGACAUUACUCCUGAGCAGGCGACGGCUAGGCUUAGAAACUGUGGUGGGGAGUUGUACAGAAACAAUUUGAAAUAA